AUGAUGCCGACUACGUUUAAGAAUGUAUUAAGUCCAAUGUCAGAUGCUGGAAAUCAUGGCAACCAAUAUGGCAGACGACUUUGGACUAGGCCGGCGUCUCUCACUGACGAUGCCGGCGAACUCAUGCAUGACUACUCGGGCCCCGAAGGCAGGACUAAACACGCUUCACGGGGUCGCCCUGUCCCUCCGGCCAAGUAUCGAAAAGUGGGUCGAACCAGCAGUGUACAGCUUAAGGAAUUGUAA